CUGGCCCGCCUUCCCCACAAGAAAGACUCAAAUACGGGCAGGCGGCCGCUAGUUGACUGACGAGAGACGAGCUUUGUCGUGCCGGGGAGACUUCACCUGGUUAGCGUACUUAUUAAGCCUCAGCCCGGGGAUUCAGAUAAUCCGAUAUACGGCUUCGUAGCAACGGGGAAGCGAGGGGUCACCGGAGAGACGGCCUAACCGCCUCUUGUUUGAGGGGGGGGGAGGAGAAUAAACUAAGCUAGCAUCGCCGGCUAACCCUUUGUCGCCCGAACUCUGCGCAUACGUAGUUUCGCGAGCUAACCGCAAUAGCUUCCGAGAAGAAAGGCCGUCGAGUUGACCCCGGCAUCAACCACCAAACGGGGAGCGGAAUCAUCCUGGCAUAUAACGGUUGCCCCUUGACUGCCUGGAUCGGAAAACAUUCAAAGGAGAGAAGAUGGCCCUGAAGAGGAUCCACAAGGAGCUGAACGACCUGGCCCGUGACCCCCCAGCACAGUGCUCAGCCGGCCCGGUGGGCGAUGACAUGUUUCACUGGCAAGCCACGAUCAUGGGACCUAGUGACAGUCCAUAUCAGGGAGGCGUCUUCUUCUUGACGAUUCAUUUUCCAACAGACUACCCCUUCAAGCCACCCAAGGUUGCAUUCACCACAAGAAUCUACCACCCAAACAUCAACAGUAACGGCAGCAUCUGUCUGGAUAUCCUCAGGUCACAGUGGUCUCCUGCGCUUACUAUUUCUAAAGUUCUUCUCUCCAUCUGCUCACUCCUGUGUGACCCGAACCCCGACGACCCACUAGUGCCAGAGAUCGCUCAGAUCUACAAGACAGACACUUCGAAGUACAAUAAACUAGCUCAGGAGUGGACCACGAAGUAUGCCUUGCUUUAGGAUACACCAAAAUGGCAAAAGACUGGACACACAAAUACGCAAUGUGAUCAUCAUCAUUUGGAAAGCUGCAGGAAAAUGUUGUUGCUGGUUCAAACAAAACAAAAACAAAAAACCCUACGGGAUUAUUUCACUAUUUUUCACUCAUUUUUUCUCUAUUUUGGGGGGGUGUUAAUCAGAGCGUUUUACCCUCUUUCCACCUGUGCGCUUAUAAGAAGAUAGUGUUUUCACUCUAGGACACGUGCCAGUUUUCCGUGAAGUUUGGGCUCCCAUUUUUUUCCUACGGAGUUUAAAUAAUCACCGUGGUUCUUGCCGCUCUGCUUGAGCACCAGUAGGAGUUGGUGGUGACGACGCCAUCUGCUCUGCACACACGUAGUAGAAUCCAGCUGCUCCACUGGCUGCAUCCCGUGCGAUUUGAUAAUUAAUCGAAGCCGGAUUUCUCAAAGCACUUACAGAGAAACCCGUCUUUUGCCAUAAAACCUGUAAACUCAGAGUUUUAAAGUUUAAAUUUGGUGAAAUAGUAUUUUUGGUCAUUUGAAAGUGGUAAAAUCUGGUCUGAGAUUUGACUAACUGGUUGGUGGCUCCUGACGGCUUCUGAUCUUUUAGUAUAAGAAUCUAUUACCACAGUAAAGAAGUGUAUCUUAUUCCACUAUCAAAGUGUGUGUGCGCGUGUGUGUGUGUACAGAGAAGCACAGCAGUAUAUAUCAAUGUUAAGGAAACAAUAUAAGAUCUUCAAUGUUGUAUUUUAUGCAUGUUAAUAAAGGUAGGCUAUAUAUCUGAUGUUUCUGCAAAUUAAGGCGAUUGUAAGGCUGAACAGUUGGAAGAAUGUGCAUCCCCUCAAAAGCAUUCUAUUUCUUUUUCUUUAUUUAGAAGCCAGUAGAUGAGCUAUUAGAUUUAUGCCCAAUCAAACACUGUCUUCU